CAUUGCUGAGCAGGUCUGACCCAUUCAUGCAUUCACAUACACUGGUCACCGCUUUGUAUUGCAAUCCCCUGCUUAUAUUAAUAAUAGCUUGAUGAUAUGGAACAAUUAAAUAGCCCAGACUGCUCAAAAUAAAUUAAUAUCAUUGAUCACAGGGAGGGUCAGGCAGGCAGAGGAUCAACGUCUAAUAAUUAUGAGAUAUGGAUAGAUAUUUGUGGACCUGUGGUAUGAAGCACAAUAAACAAAUGUUGAGGUUAGCACAGCAAACAGAAUGGGGUGCGACUCAGUCAUUAUGACAAACGCAAAUUAAUACAGCAGAGAUGGAAGACACAUCUGACGGCCCCAGCUCACCAGGGAGAGAGUUAUGCACAAGAACAAGAUGUAUGCUGCCGAUGCUCUGUUGUACACAUCCAACAUUUAUUAACAUCACCCAGAUGUGCCGAUCACUGGGAUGAGGUAAUAGUGAGCAGGAGGCCACUCCGUAUCCUCGCUGCUUUCAGGCAGCCUUGGGACACAAAAACAAAGCGAGAUAUGUCAUUAUAUUAAUGGAAACACAAUGAACAUGAUAAUGCACAGUAUGGCAUGACCCAGCUGUGCCAAUCACCAGCAGACCAGACCACAGACUGUAUAAAUAAGGUAGUUACAUGACAACACACAACGACCAUUUUUUUGGUGGCACACUGGCGGAAGUGAAGCAGUGUGGAUCAAUGAAAAAUGAAAACAAUUGAACAGCUUAUUUCAGUUGGUAACGCAUUCGGUGACAUUGUAAAUGUGAUACUGUUACCCAAAAUUGUGUUUGUAACACUUUUCAUUACUUUGUUACUGCUAAAAUGUAAUAUAUUACUGUAAUGCGCAGCUAUGAUCAUAAAAAAUUAUAUGGUGGUGACUUCUGGCAGAUAAUUUUGUAACUACAACAGUUGGAAAAAAAUCUGUAUCAGACAGAGAUAUCAGAAUUAGCCUUAACUGCCAAGUACAUGUGUACAUCAUAGGUGCACAUACAAGGAAUUCAGCUCCAGUAUUUUGUUGCUCUCAAUGUACAAACAUAGAAAUAGACAUACAGCUAAACAAGGACAUGUAUAUAUAUCUCCUCUACCAGAGGCCUAGGAGUUUAAGGGUGCUGUGCAGUAAUAACAUAAUACAUUUUAUUUAAAAGGUGCCACCCAAGGUAACCUCACAGAGCAUGAUAUAGAAUAUAUACACGAACUGGGCAGACACAUUGUUGCUGGGAUAAGCUCAAUGAUACUGUUUAAAGGGGGCACAGAGGGAAGAGUCAGUUUCAAAGUGCUGAAGCCAGUUUGAUUAGGUGGGUGUUGAAAUGGGAUUUGAAGGAUGUUGUGCUGUCAGACUAUUCUGGCCCCAAACCAUAUCCAACCAGCAUCUUCUCAGCCUGUGUAAGCAGGAAAAUAUGGCUACCAUCCUUAUGAGAAGGCGAUGGAAAAGGAUUGGACAUGUCAUACGCAGAGAGCAGGACAACAUCACCCGUACUCCCCUUCACUGGACACCAGAUGGUAAACGUAAAAGAGGCCGACCCAAGAACACCUGGCGCAGGACGGUGGAAGGAGAGCUGAAGGCCCGGCAUCACAUUUGGGGUUCCGUAAAGACGCUGGCCCAGAACAGACAGGGGUGGAGAUCCUUUGUUGCUGCCCUACAUGCCAGCCAGCAUAAAGGGCAGUAAGUAAGUAAAAGUAAGUGCUGUCAGAGUGUCGAAUGUGUGGGGGUAGCGAGUUCCAGUGCCUGGGAGCAGUCAGGUGAAAACCUUGGCAACUAAUGUGCUGAGGCGUGAGGAGGAAAUGGUCAAAAGAAGAUCAGAAAGAUAAGUGGAGGCUAGGUUGUGGAGGGCCCUGAAGGUGAGCAGAGGGGAUUUGUUUCAUCAACCUGGUACUGAACAGGGAACCAGUGUAAUUGGAAAAGAAUGGGGGUGAUGUGAUCCGGUGAUUUGGUGUGGGUAAUGAUCCGGGCAGUAGAGUUUUGAAUGAUUUGAAGUCAAGGCUCUUGAUUUGGCUGAGGCAAGUAUCUUAGCUGUUCCUAGGACUGCACUCUGCUGGACGGAGAUUUCAAAUGUUGUACCUGGAAUUUGCUGGAGCCACUCUCCCAGCUUGAGGGUCACAGCCCCUAACGCUCCUGUUACCACUGGAACCACCUUGGACCUCACCUUCCAUAUCUGCUCCAGUUUUCCUUCAACUAACCCAAUGGAGACAGCAUUUAGUGGAAGGAGUACAUGUAGUGACACUCCUCACCGGCAGGGGGCAGACUGCGGGAGAAGCUGCACCACAAACCUGCAGGGAGGAAAGUAGAAACGGAAGUAAGAUUGAUAUCAACAACCUGAGUUACAACCAACUUAGGCAAAACUUUACUGCAGUUAGGACCGAUACAUGUUUUAAGUUAUUAUAUUCGACACGAAUGCCGUAUUAUGGGGGAAGUAUUUUCCCGCCUGUCGCUGAAGUGGUUUGUUUUUGUGCUGAAACUCAGUGGCUAGUUUAGCCAUUUAGGAGCAGCUAAGGUAGCUAACUUUCUGUCAGCGUGAAUUCAUUUUGACAGCCUCAGUAAACAGCAGUCUAAUAUGCGCAGGUUUUGCUCUGUGUUUAGUUUUAACAAGGUUGCAGGUGUGGCCGGACUGUCUGCUCGCUGUCGCUGACACGUCCCGGUAGUUUUGACAGUGCCCCGGUUUGCUCGCAAUGCUCCUGCAGCUGCUCCCACCUGUCAACUAGCUGGCUCCUCUCCUCCUGUCUGCCGUCAAUGGCUCACUGCGGCUCCUCCGAGCCCAUCGCUAAGGUACAGGCACCGCGUCCCGACAGCACCAAGCCGUCACAGGGUACCGUCGACCAGAGCAUGAAGCCGGUGCUGUUCGAGAUCUUCGGCGAGAUCUGGACCGUCCAGUCUCGGCUCGGCCAGGGAGUCUCGGCCUCGGUGUACAGGGUCAGCUCGGGCAGAGCCACCACCGCGGCUGUCAAGGAGUUUCAGGCCGACACUCAGGGAGGAGAUUACGGGUAUCACAAGGAGAGGACCGUGCUGGAAGGCAUCCAGGGACAUAAAAACAUAGUGACACUGUACGGGGUGUUCACCAACCACAGCUGUAUGGGUGUUGCCACCCGUUGCCUUCUGCUGGAGCUCUUGGAUGUCAGUGUGUCUGAUCUGUUGGUGAGAGGCAUCAGUGGUACCCAGGGUGGUCGACCCCAGCAGGGCCACUCCAUGUGGCUUGUCCAGCACUGUGCCAGAGACAUCCUGGAGGCUCUUGCCUUCCUUCACAGGGAAGGCUACGUCCACGCUGACCUCAAGCCACGCAACAUUCUCUGGAGUGCCGAUGACGAGUGCUUCAAGCUCAUCGACUUCGGCCUCAGCUUCAAAGAGGGAAACCAGGAUGUCAAGUACAUCCAGACAGACGGGUAUCGCGCUCCAGAGGCCGAGCUUCAGAACAGCCUCGCUCAGGCUGGGGUGGAGGUGGAGGGGGACUCGGGCUGCACGGCCGCCAUAGACCUGUGGAGCCUUGGUAUCAUCCUGUUGGAGAUGUUCUCAGGAAUCAAACUCAAAGACACCGUCCGCUCACAGGAGUGGAAGGACAACAGUGCUGCCAUUGUUGACCAUCUUUUUGCCAGCAACAGUGUGGUGUGCCCCGCCAUCCCUGUCUAUCACCUUAGAGACCUUAUCAAAAGCAUGCUUCUCAACGACCCAAAGCAAAGAUGCACUGCUGAAACUGCCCUGCUGAGCCCAUUCUUCAGUAUUCCCUUUGCUCCUCACAUUGAGGACCUGGUUCUGCUGCCCACUCCAGUCCUGCGUUUGCUCAACCUGAUAGAUGACAGCCAUCUGCACAAUGAAGAAGAGUACGAAGACAUCCUGGAGGACAUGAAAGAGGAGUGCCAGAAGUAUGGCUCUGUGGUUUCUCUGCUCAUCCCCAAGGAGAACCCAGGGAAAGGACAGGUGUUUGUAGAGUAUGCCAACUCCAGCGACUCCAAAGAGGCUCAGAGGCUGCUGACGGGCCGCACCUUCGACGGGAAGUUUGUCGUGGCCACCUUCUACCCUCUCAGCGCCUAUAAAAGAGGUUACUUGUACCAGACUGUGCAGUGAAGUCCUGAAGUUCAAUUUACACCUCUGCACUGUUUGCAUGGAAAAACACAACUGCAUAAGCCACCACUGGGGAGAGCUCAUUUUCUGCCUUUGAAAAUAACCACCACAGGUCAUGAGUGGCUGCCCUGCAGUUUGAGUUCAGAUGAUUCAGUUAUUAAUAAGUGUAGUUCAAAGUUCUGCAUGUGUGGUUUUCUACGGUCAAUCUGUUUCACGCAGAGUGUAAAUUGAACUCAGCUGUGAGGAAUAAACAGCAACACUUUAUUUCUGCUGCUGCCUCCAGUCUGUGUGCUAGUCUUUAUCAGUGCAUACCCCUCUAGAGCUUGAAGGUGACCUGCACCUAUCUCAUUUAAUGACUCCAGGCCAGAGGUCUGUUGUCUGGGUACAGCAGUUUCUGUUCUAGCUUCCAUUUCACCAUCAUUCAUUUCUAGAAAUUACCACACUGAAAGAAUGAGUAAUUAGGACAAGUAAAAUCUUCUCCGAUGUGGGUUGCUAGAACAAAAGUCUGAGAAUCUGUGUUUCACAUUACAUCUAAAGAGUUUCAUAUCUGUAGACAAAGUGAAACACUUAAUCUCAUCAGUUGAGUCAGGGAUGUGAGAAGAAACAUGUAGCAGGGUAACACUCAUCUCUCAGUAGUAUGAGUGGGAGUUUUAUGUCUGUCAAACCUGAAAUAAUAAUAAAUCUUAGGUUAUUAUUUCUUAAAUUGAACAUUUAAUGAGAGGAAUCAGCGUGGUACAAGGGGAUUAUACAGGUGUCCUCUGCUGGCUCCUCAGGCUGUUUUCAGGGAGAAGUGGUUUGGAGUGACCCCCCUCCACCAGCUGGUAGUUUUCACUCAGUCUCUGCCAUUAUCUGAGCAAGCCAAGGGCCCCUAGUGCCCUGCCCUGUAGCCUUAUGCUUUGUAGCUUUUUAUUUUCAAAAGUCUACAUACUCAGAGAAUAUUUAUAUCAUCCGUUGACUUUGCUCCCAUUUAUAUGGAAGCCCAUUGAAGCAAAAGAGUGGAAAGAAAAGAUCCUGUGAGUCACUGUGAGAAACUUUCUUGAAAUAAUAGUAUCUGAUUUAGUAUCUCCAAAUAACAGUAUCUCGAAAUAAUGACUUAGUACUUCAAAAUAAUACUUAGUAUCUCAAAAUGAUGACUUAGUUUGUCAAAAUAAUGACUUAGUAUCUUGAAAUAAUGACUUAGUAUGUCAAAAAACAACUUAGAAUCUUGAAGUUAUGACUUGGCAUCUCAACAAUGACUUAGUAUCUCAAAAAAAAUACUUUUUAUCUUGAAAUAAUGACUAAGUAUGUCAACAGAAUGACUUGCUUUCUUGAAAUUUUGACGUAGUAUCUCGAAAUAAUGACUUAGUAUUUUGGGGAAAAAAAUGACGAAGUAUCUCAAAUUAAUGACUUAGUAUCUCGAGAAAAAAAAAUGACUAAGUAUCUCAAAUUAAUGACUUGGUAUCUUAAAAUCGCGACUUAAUAUCUUGAAAUAAUGACUUAGCAUCUCAAAAUAAUGACUUAGUAUCUCGGAAAAAAUGACUAAGUAUCUCAAAUUAAUGACUUAGUGUCUUAAAAUCACGACUUAGUAUCUUGAAAUAAUGACUCAUUAUCUCAGAAUAAUGACUAAGUGUCUCGAAAUAAUGACCUAGAAUAAAAAAUGACUUAGUAAUACAAAUUAAUGACUUAAUAUCUCAAAAUUAUGACUUAGUAUCUUGAAAUGAUGUUUCGGAAUAAUGACUAAAUAUGUUGACAAUGACUUGGCAUCUCAAAAUAAUGACUUAGUAUCUCGGAAAAAUGACUAAGUAUCUCAAAAUAAUCUCAAAAUAAUCCAGAAUAAUUCCUUAGUAUUAAAAAAACUUAUAAGUAAUUCAAAUGAAUGACUUAGUUUCUUAAAAUCACGACUUAGUAUCUUGAAAUAAUGACUUAGUAUCUCGACAUAAUGACAUGAUGUCUCGAAGUUUUGACUUAUUUUCUCAAAAUAAUGACCUAGUUUCUCAAAUGAUCACUUAGUAUCUUGAAAUGAAAACUCUGUGACUCAAAAUAAAGACUUAGAAUCUCAAAAUAAUGACGUUGCAUCUCAGAAGAAGUAUCUUGAAUCAAUGACUUGGUAUUUCGAAAUGAUGACUAAAUAUCUGGGUAUAACGACUUAGCAUCUCGAUAUAAUGACUUAGCAUCUCAAAGAAUUUGUAUCUUAGUAAUAAUGAUUAACUUUCUUAAAAUUUUGGACCUUCCAUUCAUGAUGGUAGACCCAAUAUUUUGAGAUACUAAGUCUCUAUUUUGAGGGAGUAUAUCAUAACGACUAACAGGAUCUUCUUUUCAUCACAUUGGCGGAAAUAUGCUUCCAUACCUUUAUGAGGACAUACAGUGAGUUUUGUGUUUUGACUACAACACUGAACAGCACAUGAACAAGUGAAUAUUUUUGAGUGCAUGCUGAAAAUGACUGAUGUAUGAAUAAAAUCUGAAAAUUUUCCAGUUGGAAAAUGAGUGUAUGAACAAAUCUAGUAGAAGCUCCAGUAGUGGUAGAAAGUGUCUUCUGACUAACUUAAACCAAGUACGCUUUACUUUUUAGUGACCUUGUAGUCAUGGUGUAAUGGGAAUAACAGUCCAGAGCCAAAGUGCUGAGCAGCCUAUAGCUGUUUAGAGUCUCACUGAGACAGGAGGAAGUGCAGAUAUACAGUAGCCAGUGUACAUGUAAGAAAAGUGGUUAAAAGCCACUGUGUGUAAUGUUUGCAGUGUCUUUAAAAUCUUGCUAAUGGCUUAGGUUGUUAUUUGAAGAAAAUUGGGACAAUCUAGUGGACGUUGGUGCAGUUUAUGUGUCGCUUUCGCCAAAGUUGGACAUUUUUGAAUCCUGCACAUGGUGGCUUUAAAGAUUGUGUCGCACUAUGCAUAUGAGACGUGUAGAGAGAAUGUUCAGUGGCGACUGCACUAAAUAGAUUGUUACAGUCUUCAAGUGAGACUUUUAAUCUUUCAGUUAGUUUGUGCAUGAACCAGUGGAUUGAUACAUAGACUGCAAACCUUGUAGAAAUAUGUUUCACAAAGGUGUCUGUUUUUGGUGAACCCAAAAUGCAGGAUAUAGAAUUGUGUCAUACCUUUGUCAAUGUCAAGAGAUGUUGCUAGUUGCAUGACUGGAGAGGAAAGUUUUAUGAAUCAGUAAUGUGACAGAAAUGUCGUAAAUUGUGCAGUCUUGAAAUGAAAUAAUAUAAUUUUGUUGUGUUAUAUUGAUUCUAUCAGGGCAGUGAGACAGCUUUACCGAUAGAGUCCAGGAAGAGGCAUGAUAUGGUGGUUAGCAGUGACAAAGAGUUGUCAAGCUCUGUAAUUUUGCAGUGGAAUUAGGGCUGCAUGAUAUGAGGAAAAUAUGCAAUAUGCAAUAACGUUGUUAAAUAUUGCAAUAAUGAUAUUACUUGCCAUUAGCUAACUAGCUAAAACACAACUUUGCUUGUUCAAUUAUAAAAUGAACGGAAAUUCCAGCAUUCUUUUAUUGAACAAAUUGAACAUUGAACUAAACACAAAAGGCACCAAUAAAAAAGAAUGAUAGUUACAUUUUAAAGUGCAGUUUUCUACUGAUACUCUCUUUCAGCUAACUAAAAUAAAAUCCCUGACUGCAAUAUCGCGGUCUUUCAUGAUGCGUUUAUCGCACAGGUCGACACUGCAAUCACGCAAAAAAAAGAAAGAUAUAUUGUGCAGCCCUAAGUGGAAUGUACUUUUACAUUGUAGAUGCAUGGAUUAUUUUGUUCAGUUGGACUGGAUAUGUAGUAUCCGUCACACCCACUCAGUCACACUGAAACAAUGAUUUCUACACAAGUGCCCUCUGACAUUCAAGCUAGCUACCUAACCAAAAUGCUGCUAUAACAACAGGUUGUAUGACACCUGCUCGUGUCGAUUUUCCUCAAGUAGCCAAACAGUUGCAGAUGCCUUAGAGAAUACUUCCCUUCCAAGUUACAAAAUGGAGCAGGAAACUAUUUUAGCUUCUUCGUAAAGCUGGCUCAUUCUUCACUGUAUUUUUGUUAAAGCCAGACUGUGUAUGUUUUACCCAACAGCAGCAACUGCGACUAGAACUGACAAUGAUAGUAUGAUGCUAAUCCCAGUGUUGGAAUUAAGCACCAGCCACAAGCCAAAUGCUGUGACUGCUAGAUUUGCUUCACUCAACAACAGCCAAAAAAAAAAAACACUGGUAAAUUAUUGAGUCACUGGAAGAUUUUGGAAUCUAUCAGCUCCAGUGACAGGUGGACAAAAUACUAAUUCCCAUCCCUGGAUCAUGCUACUAUUAGCUACAGCUAAUGCUAACCUAAUGGGUUAGCUAAAUUUUGAACAACUAAAUACUAGAAAUGCUAACCUACAAUUUAGCAUUAAAGGGACAGUUAACCCCAAAAUCAAAAAUACAUAUUUUUAUUCUUACCUGUAGUGCUGUUUAUCAGACUAGGUUGUUCUGGUGUGAGUUGCAGAGCAUGCAUCUUCUCAUGGACUAGAGGCUUGUGCUUGUGACAGCAUGAGAUGUAAACAUUAAUGAUGUCCUCCUCAGCUGAGCUGUAACGUUAGCAAGCUCAGUGGUACUACGUGAGCUAGCAGGAGAGUAGUUGAAACAUAUAAAACUACUCAGAUUGUCCUGAGUAAUGGUCAUGAUUUCAUGAGGAGUUUUUCAAAUGUAUUUUUUUUUUUUUUUGUGCUUUGAGCACCACAAGCCGAGUCCCAUCUAGUUCCAUUAUAUUGGAGAGAAGGCAGACAUCUCUACUGCCGAUAUCUCCAACAGUUGGCAACUCACACCAAAACAAUCCGGACUGAUAUAUAGCACUACAGCUAAGAGAAAAAAUAUGUAUUUUUGACUUUGGGGUGAACUGUCCCUUUAAAUACUGCUUUGCAUGUAGAGUUUACCAUUAAGCUAAAAUGCUAAGUAAUUAUAUCAGUUGUACAAGUGAAGAAGCUCAGUAAUGUGCUUUAUAGACCCAUGUUUACUUUUAAGUUUGCUUAUAUUAGCUAACAACAGCCACCAUAAGUAGGGAUGCACGAUAAUAUCGGGAAGUCAUUGGUAUCGGCUGAUAUUGGCUUUAAAAUGAACUAUCUGAUUCAGCCAACUUUCUUAUUUUGCACAAUGAAUGAAUAUUACAUACAUUGAAAAGCAUUGUGUUUCAUGUCUCUAUCUGCUGGUGGGCCGUCACGAUAAGACAAUGCAUGCAUAAUAUGAUGUUAAAUCCACAACAGAAGAGACUUGAUGAUCACUAAAAUUAGGUGGGGAAAAAGUGGAUAUAUCGAUAUCGGUCAAAUGAAUUGUUACAUAUCGGCAUAUCCAAUAUUGUGCAUCCCUAGCCAUAAGUUAGUGGCCAUACACCACUAAGCAACGCUGCAGCAGCAAAAUCUGUAGUGUACUGAAUUUAGCAAGGGUGUGUUUUAUUGCUUAGUUGUUAAACUUUUAAUUUGUAAGUGGAAGAAUGAGUUAUUUCUUCACAGUCUGUAAAGAGCUGCAGCUGGUUCAUGUUGUAGAGCACAAAUAGAGCCCUGCUUCGUCAGGGUGGGUACUUUGGGUGAUGUAAGCAUGUUAGAAAAACGUGAUGUUCAUAUAAAAUAGAACAUUUUUGACGCGUAUGAAGAUAUAAAUCUUUGUCUGUCUGAGACGUAUUUUUAUUAAAUAAUGUGUCGUUCCUUCCCCUCUGAGAAAAUCUGUUUAAAUUCUGCAAUUAAAAAUAUAAAAACAGAUUCAGGGCCAAAGUUGCAGGUCUGAUCUCAAGUACUACACAAAAAAAAAACAAAACAUAUUUUUCUAUCAACUUUAUUUGUAUGUGCCUGAAAUGUGAAUUCCAAAGUUUCCACUCGAGUGCGCCGCUGGCCUAAAAAUCUCGAUGUGAAACUUGAAUUGGACUCCAACCACUUGACUGCACAGCACUUUUGAAUUAGCAAUCUGUGGUAUGGAAGCGGGAUGAUCAGUGUUGUCAGUUGCUUAUAACCAGUCGUCCUCAGAAACUAAACAACACAUUUUCUUCCAAUUUUUUUUAUUUGUCCCGUAGUUUGUCAAAGACCUGCUGCAGAAAAUUAAUCUUUGAUAAUGUCACAAUAUUCCUUUGAAGUUUAAUUUAGUUCUUGAUCAUCUUUCAAUAUAUAACCGUCUUCUCUAUGUCUGAUUCAGUGAGACUGUCCUCCCCAGAAACAAUUUAUAGAAGCAGCUCAUUGUUAGUUUUUCAUAUUUAUGUUUAGUGUAGGUGGUGACCAGUGUGACUGGUGUGACAGUGGUUGCAGUGUUUAUGACAGGAGCAAAGGAGGAGGUCAAGUGAUGUAGUAUAAAGAGGGACAAGGUAUGCGUAGGGACGAGUUUGGGUUGGAUGAAUGGCUCAAACAAACACAGGACUUUGACCCAGGAGAUUGCUGUUUGUGUCCCGUAUGAAACCAAAAGUCAAUGUUGAGUUAUUUUAACUUUCACACAUAAAUUAACUGACGCCACAUACUUUAAAUUAACUUAUAUACGUAACAUUUGUAACGUAACAAACAGAAUUAUUUUAAGCCUAACCUUGAGUCAUUGGCAAACAACCUACUCUGUUGUUAGAAAUGAGGACAUGUUGAUGUCCUGCCACAGGUAUGGGCACUAAUUCAGGAAACACUCCUGUGGAUCGUAUUAGAGGGUGAGAACAGUGUGGUCGUACGGGUUUGGUAGUGUCUUUAGUUUUCUGUAGCAAUGCUGCCACAUGCUUACUGACUUGGUCCCUGCAAGAAUAAACUCUCUAUAGGCUUAAUAUACCUUAUCAAAUAGAGAGUACAGGCCUUAAGUUCUGUGGCUUGUAAAACGCUUUAAGGAGAAUUUGGAGAUUGUUGCGAGAACUCCCUUUGUUCGUGUUCGAUGAUGCAUGACAAAUUAGUGUUUGUAGGUUGUGGUCGUUGCAUGGUUUUGAGAUACUGUGUUAGCGAGUGUGUCGAAAACUGAUCACAACUUCCACAGCUCAGUCUUGCCUUGUCUAACUACUCGCUAACAAAGGCUUAUGUUGUGUUCACCAAGCACAAUGUUAAUUUUCACGUUGCUUUACUCGCGUGAGGUUCGACAUUAGAAUAUUUUGUGAUGACUCGCUUCAUAUGCACAAAUAAGUGGAUUUCAGUGCUGAUUGGCUAUCGCGGCAUGAAUCGACCACUGAAGUUCAGAUUUUUUAACUCUAGCGAAUACGCAUUUGACUUUGGCUCUUCAAGCAUUAAUAGCAGCUGCCACAGAGCUAUGAGUAUCUGCAGAGGAACAGAAAUAUUUUUUAGCAGUGUUUGAAUAUUAGACUCAGUGUUUAUUGUGGCUACUGUUGAUCAGAAUGGUGUAAUAUCAAGUUGUCUGCUGCAUGCUGAUUCUGUUUGGGUAAGAGCUCACAUUAGUUGAAUCCUGAAUCUUACCAGCUGAGCUCGAGGAUAUGCAAAGUCAGCUGUUUUUUGUGUUCGUUUACACAGUGAUAAUCGUUUUUAUUGAUUUUACGCUUGUGGAGUUAGUUAGUCUUUUUUAUUUUAUCACUAUAUAAUUAGUAGCUCUCAGUGUAGAGGGCGUAGUGUUUUUGUGUUUCCAAAUUAGGUGUUUGCUAUGCAGGUGAAAAAAAAGAUGCGAGAACAUGCAACAUGCUGAUCACCCUGCAAAUGUGAUAUUAAUGGACUAAUGAGUCUUGUCUCAGUCAUGAUGAUGCUGUGUGCACGUGGUUAAUGCUCACUGUCACUGUUGACCAUUGAGGUGAAUGUGAACACAAUCCAGCUUGACCAUUAUUUAAACAUUUAAGUCAAGCAGCAUCAUGAGAUUAUCAGACACAUGCUUCUAUUGCUACCUAUUGGUGAUCACAUGCAACCGAGGCUGCAACUGACAAUUAUUUUUUUGUAUCAUCGAUUAUUAUCGUUUUUAAAUUUUCUUUCGUAUCAAAGUAAUCCAGUGGUAGUUGUCUGUAUAGCAUGUUUUGCCUUUUUGAUAGGACAGUCGUAGAUUGACAGGAAAGGUGGGAGAAAAGGGGAAUGGCGUGCAGGAAAAAGGGGACGUGGGUCACCGCGAAGGACGCACACUGUACUCGGUGAGCUAGAGGUCGUCCCACUUGGUCACACUUUUAAUGGUGAAAAUUUACCAAAAUAUCAACAAAUACAGGCAAAACUGUGGCUCAGGUUUUAGCCCACAGUUAACGUGUAAAAAUUAUACUUCCUGUUUACAUAGUACGCGCAGUUGUCUCAAUCUUGUCUGCAUUUUUUCGAUGGAGUACAUAAACGAGCAAUCAAUUGUUUAGAUUGUCGACGAUAACUUUUUUGUUGAUUGAUCAAUCAAAUAAUCGUCUAAUUGCUGCAGCACUAAUGCAAACUUACUUACCUGCUCACAGAAUAUCAGCAACUGCAUCCAGAAAUGUUAGUUUAAGCUAGUAUGUCAUGCUAAAAAAAAGCAUAGCUUCAAAUAAGCCUGCUCAAACUCUGUUGUUGAUGUUGAACCUUAUUGGUCUCACACUCCAGCUGAUUGAUAGUUGACUACAGUGAGGAGGCCCCGACUGGAAUAUUUUUCUUUUCAGCACUGACUGCUUUGCCAUUGUGAGACUAUUGAGUCUUGAUUCGUUACGUUCAACAAAUCAUUGGUGUGUUCAAAUUCUCUGUAUAAAGAUUGGCUACAUGUUAUCAAAUGUGAUAUAACUGCCAUAUGUUUUUGUACCGUAACACACUAAGGCCAUAUGGUCAAAUUUAAAUAAUUUAUUUAUUCAAGAUGUAAUAACAAUAACUUAUCUUCCCAGUCCAUUGGGAGCAAACUUUAAACACACAAAAGAGAUGAGCCACGAGGGCCUGUGUUGAAGGUGAGCGCUUCAUCCCAGCGCUUCAUGAAAAAAGGGCUGGCAGCACUUUUUUUAAUGACGUGCUUUGCGAGGGUUUUGUUUUUAUAACAACAUUUAAUUUACACAUUGAAACAGUAGCCUGGUAGCUAACAUAACGCUACAUUAACAAAGGAUGUACCACACUAUCAACAAAAACUUUACAAAGCAGCAACAUGUCGUGUCUGCCAGCUGAUCUGCUCCCGAGCUUUUCUGUCUUUGUUGUGACAGUAGAAAGAAGCCCUGCUAAAGGGAAAGUUCAGAGAUUUUCAACUUAAAGCACUUGGAGCGGUCGCACAAAAAAGGUGGAGCGAUGGCGGCUGCAUGUGGCCACAUAUGUUCACUCCUUAGUGAGAGCAAUUGAAAAACGGUACUCUACAACAACAGCUUGAGUUUACACACCUGCAAAAAGCCACCAGAUCCUGUUUGUUCAUGAUGCGUGUGAAUAUGUCCUGCCAUAUUUGGCAUGUUGUCUGAAGUGGCAUGUAUUAUCUGCCCUCAUGCUUCCAUGCCUGAUGUUGGCAUAGAUAGAACCAGUAGAUGGCACUAAAGGGCGCAGUCAGAAGUUUUAGCUGCAACAAACGCAGCAACAGUGGAGGAGGUCGUAAUACACUACCUUUAAACAGAGGCAGUGUUGUAGACGGCGGUGGUCUGUGCAGCCAUCAUAUACGCCCCAACAUGUGAACAGAGAAUUCUUUUCACUAAUUUCACUAUGCGUUAUUAUAUAUUACAGAUUUGUUCUGUUCUGCCGUUAUCUAAAUUUCGUUUCCUAUGAUCGUAUCUCACUUGAGCCACGCUUCUCUGUUUCGUCCGUAUCCAUAAGCUCUCAGAAAACAUGCACAAAAUACGGAUGAAAAGAAAACAGGACAGAAGGCUCCGUCCAUCUUCGUCUUUGUAUCUAACGUUGAGCAUAAGGUGAGCCCGUAGGCUGCAGUACUGAUGAUAAGUGCACAGUGUUGUUGGCACACACAGAGGGGAAAGGCUGGAGAACAGAAUCAGAGCUCUGUCACACUCGUUGGGUGAUUCUGAACCAGUUGUUACUUCAUAUUGUGGAGCUGAAGAUGGGUUGAAGCUGCCUUGCUUUUACAUGCACUGGCUUCAAGUCCAACACGGGACAGACAGAUGGACAGAGGCCUCUGUCCUCUAAGGCUUUCAUGUGUAAGUCUCCUGCUUUGCUGGCUUCAUGCUUGGCUCCAGUCCUUGAUUCUUGUCCUCAUGUCUGUCUGUGUGGCUCCGACUCCAACAGGCGUCUUCCUCUCCCAGCUUUUAUAGCUGUGUUAUUUUGUAUCACGAGUUCUACCUGUCUUCCCAUCAGUUUGAAUUUGAUACUGGCUUCAUUAGGCUUCUUCUUUUUAUUGUUGGCACUGCAUGACAUGAAAUAUGAGUGUUUAAGUCUUAACAUUUCAAACACUGACUUCUCGCUGCCGUUUGGGUCUGACAGUGAGCUAAAGUGCAGCUUUAAGUCCAUUUAUCUUCCAUUUUCUGUCAUUUCUCUGUCGUCUUUUUGUCUUCGCUGCUCAGCGCGGCUCCUUCUUUGUGCACUGACAGAGAUUCAGGGCUGUGCUUUAAUUUCAUAGCAUCUGACCUCUAGGCCUGACUUUGAUAAGCUCUCAGCACAUUUGUGCAUUAAUGUGUGUGUUGAGAUAACUUGGACAGUGUUUGUGUGUGUGUGUGUGUGUGUGUGUGUGUGUGUGCAGUUAGAGAAUGAAGUAGCGGUAAAAAGUUACUACAGUUUUGGGAGGCAGUGUUUCUCAGUUGUAAGAGCUGUCUGCUGUGUGUGUGAUUCGUCUGAAACAUUGUGCACCAGACUAUUUUCUUCCAUUUGUGUAGGGGUGUGUGUGGGUGCGUGUGUGUGUGGGGGGGGUAGGGCUGCACGGUAUGAGGAAAAUAUGCAAUAACAUUGUUGAAUAUUGCGAUACUAUUUCCAGUAGAUACUAAAGUGUACUCAGUUCAAAACAAAUAGCUUUUUGAAUUUAAACAAAAAGAAAGGAAAUUAAUUCCAGCUUUCUUCCGUUAAAUAAACUGAACAUUAAACUGACACAAAAGGCACCAAUUUGUAAAAAAUGAACGAUAGUUACAUUUUGAAGUGCAGUUUUCUACUGAUACUCUCUUUCAACUAACUAAACAAGUCCCUGAGUACAAUACGGCAGUGUUUCAUGAGGCGUUUACACACAAGUUGACAUCGCGAUGACGAUCAGAAAAUGAUAUUUGGUGCAGCCAGAGUGUGUAGUAGUGUGCUGUUUGCUUGCAAUCUCAAUUUUAAAUCAUAAGUACAGUCUGAGUAGGAGUGAGUAAGUGCAUAUGCAAGUGUGCAGCCAGCCAUUUAUACUGUGAUGUCUUUAGUGUCCAUUCCUAUUAACAAAGCACACAUUACAUAAGGCUCAUCUUUACAGCACAGACGAUAGAAGAUGAAGUACAGUGGUGUUCAGAAAAGAUCAAAAUGCUUCGUUCUGCUCAGCAGAGCCGGACACAAAACUUUCCCUCAGUCAGCUCAAAGUUUACGUCCUGUCAACACGUGUACAGAUGUUUUUAUAAAUGGAUAGUGUCCGUUUCGUCCACAAGCAGAUGGAGUUUUAGAUGGAGUUGCUCAAGGUGCUUUCAGACCUAGAGUUGUCUUGCUUUGGUCUGAAUCAGGGACUAAUUUAGUUACAAAGCUGGAUAAUUGCCUAGAGGUGAUUCGUUUUUACAAGCAGACCGAACCAGAUCAAAUGCCUUGUGUGAGAAAGCUGCUCUUUAUUGGUCAGAAUUUCCAUGUGGGAAAAAUCCAGGAAGUAAAGCAAACGUUGAAGAAGAGUACACUUGCAAGAUAAAUGUGACACUUUCUAAUGUCACAAUGGAGGGACAACUACGCAGGUUGAUUUUAGCGCUGCUCAUCGUGGACUAUAUUGCUGUCAUUGUUCAUUUUAGUCAAACCAUACAGUUUGAAAACGAGGCGCGGCUCCAACUAGAAAACAAUGUUUUGAUGCAUUGGAUGUGCUGAAUGUGCAUAUUAAGGCAGUACAGGAGGAGGUGCACAUUAAUAAUCCUCCAGGACUGUAACAUGCUCAUGUUUAACC